AUGCUACUGUGCCUUGUGCUAGUGAAUUUAUUCAAAACAUCAUUCUCGGAUCCGGGAAUUCUGCCAAAAGCUACAAAUCUUGAAGCCAUAGAACUCGAUCGGCAAAACAUGGCAGAGAGUAGUUAUACGUCAGAAGCGGUGCGAGCACCACCUCGUACCAAAGCGGUACGGAUCAAUGGGCAACUGAUCAAAUUAAAAUAUUGCUUUACUUGUCGAUUAUUUCGGCCGCCACGUUCAUCCCAUUGCUCGGUGUGUGAUAAUUGUAUUCUGAAUUUCGACCAUCACUGUUAG